AUGGCUGUCUCGAGAGUGAGAAAUGGUUCAAAGGCAUCCAAACUGGCGUCUUUCGACGAAAAUAAUGAAUUUGAAAGUAAGAAACGAAAGAAGCACAAAAAAGAUAAAUACGAAGAUAAAGAAAAGUCUGGAGGUUUAAAAUUGAUAUUGAAAGUCGGUAGUGGAAGUUGUUUGCCUCCGGCUGAUGAGGUGAUUAGUAAUGGCAAUCAUGAUGCUGGUGAUUAUUUAUCCAAAUCACACAAAAAGAAAAAAAAGAAGCACAAGCAUCAUAAGGAAAAGAGAAAAAGAACUCGGGAUGAUAUCACCUUGCACGAAGAGAUAAGUUUAGGCGAGGAAACUUUAGCUGAAGCACCAAUAUCAAAACGCACUAUAGGUCUUGAUAAUACCACUAAUAGGAUUACAACAAACUUAAAUGAGUCUCAAAAUGACGAAUGGGGAGGAACAGAAGAAACAAAAAAACCAAAUGAAAAUCGACAAACCUUACAACAAUUAUUAACACAUUUACUUAGAGCUUUGGAACGUAGAGAUCCACAACAAUUAUUUGCAUGGCCAGUUACAGAUCGCAUCGCUCCUAAUUAUUCUCGUCUCAUAUCUAAACCAAUGGAUUUUGAAACAAUUAGACGAAACAUUCAAAGUAAUCAAUAUACUAGUCUAAAUGCAUUUGUUGCAGAUUUUAAAUUAAUGUGUGACAAUGCAAUGACGUACAAUCAACCAGAAACAAUUUAUUAUAAAGCUGCUAAACGACUUCUUCAUGCUGGUUUAAAGUUAACGGGCCCUGAAAAAUUAAAGACACUUUUAUCUGCGUUGCCUGGAAUGGCUCAAAUACCUCAAGCACAAUUAGGUUUUGACAUAAAUCAAGAUUAUCAAGAUACUUCAAAUGAUACAAUAAUUGAAAAUAAUGACCGAUUGCAUGAUAUAGAUCAAUCAAAUCAACGGAAAAUUUUGUCAAAAUUUGAAGCAAUACCUGAUAAUUUGACUCCAGACGAGAUUCUUAAACAGGCUCAAAACGCUUCUAAAACAGCUUCCGAAAAAUUAUUAACAAAAAAUAAUAAAAUGGGAUUUUUAAAACAACAAAACAAUGGAUCUACAUCACUAUCAAUUUUAGUGCCAAAUGAUGGUAUCAAUCCAGAAACUGGGGAAAGACCAGUUCUUUUAGGAUCAUUAAUUGGAAAACUGAACCAUGGAGUGGGAUCAAUUCCUGGUUUCCGUGAAGAUAGACGUAAUAUGGUUAAAACUGUAAAACCUUUAUAUUAUGGGGCCUUUGGUUCUUAUGCUCCAACUUAUGAUUCUACUUUUGCUAAUUUAACAAAAGAUGAAUCAGAUUUAGUAUUGAGAACAUAUGGGGACGAAGCAUCAGCACAGUAUGCAGAAAGUAUUUUAAAUUUUACAAAAGAUUCAGAUUAUGCAAUGACUAUGGCUGAUAAUUUGCUUGAUUUAAUGACUGGUGGUGAUCAUCGUAAAACAAAACGAGUAUUAGAUGAAAGAAAAAAACAACAAUUGAUUUUAGAAGAUAGCAAGAAAUCAAUUAUUCAAUCACAGCAACUAUCAUCUUAUCAAUCUUCUGUAAUUUCACAAGGAAAUUCUGGAAAUUCAAAUACUACUACUGUAAAUAGUCAGACAAAAUCUGCACCGAUACAAAUUGAUCAAUUAAAAUCAUUAUCAGAACUCGGCAUCGAUACAAAAUUUAUAGACUAUUAUCAAGAACAAAGUGUAUUUCAAGACAGAUUGGAUCAUGUUGGUGGUUUACUUGGCCGUUUACAAAAUAUACAAAACCAAAGACUCAGUGCUCCUCUUCCUCAGCAUCUUUCACAAAUACAACAUCCAUCACCACAAGAAGUUCAAUUAGCGGACAAAAUUACUGAAUCUCUUGCUGAAAAUUUGAAAAGAGUUCCACCGUCAGCUGUAAUGUCAGUCACAGGUGUACGUAAAGCAAUGGGGAUUGCACAAAUAUCUCAUUUAGAUGUAACUCAAAGUAAUUGUAAUCCACCAAAUGUAGUAAAUCAUGGAUCAUCCCAUCAACAAACACAGGCAUCAUUAAUAGGAGAUGGAAUACAAGAUCGUGUUGAAGCUGUUGAGGGUACUGUGUCGGGUGUUGAUUUAGAAUCUGAAUUAAGAGAAUUUCUUGAAAGUGAUCCUACUUUGACAAGUUUUCCAUUACAUGAUGAAAAUGAUCGAACAAUUGAAGAGAUUUUAUCUGAAUCAUAAUUUUAAUUUUUUUUUUUUUUAAUAUAUUAAAUUUUAUACUGGAAUUUAUAC